UCGCUUUUGAUACCGUUAGGACUUUGGGAGUUAAAUUAAGAUAAAUUUCCUCCCACACCUUUGCCUUUUUUGCCAACUUUUACUGUCAUAGCCUUUGCCUUCCACUUCUGGAAAGUCUCUACCCAAUUCGGCUACUAAACUGUUUUUCUUGUUCGCUGAAAUUUGUUGUGCGACUUGUUUUAGAAAGCCAUGUUGCAAAGACAUGGUUUAGCCAUUGACUCGAGAAAACACGGUUCAGUGGCGUUUCAAUAAUAAAUUUUAAAUAUCGUUUAGCCAUUAUUUAUCGAGACAACGUCUAGCCCGCGGCUCAGCCCUAAACAAUGGUAACGCUUCGUUUAAAUAAUCGGCCCGAUAUGUUUAAAGAAUUUUACAGAGCGGCAUUCUCGUAUGUACCCAAUAUAAUAACCCCAAACAAUUUAACAUAAUCGAGACGAUCUUACAAACAAUUGUAAACAGAAAAGGGCUUGUUGGACGGAGAAAAGAAGUCGGUCGUAAGCUAUGUUUAUUCUCGUAAUAUUCGCCACUGGUUAAACCCCGUCAUGCAUAUCAAUGCAGGCGAAUGAAGUCGUCAAAACCCAGAAUUGGCCUUUUUUUGUAGUUCUUUUGCAGAAGACUGACUAAGAUGUCUCUAUGCAAUAACAAAGAGAUAAGGCUUUUUUUACCUGGUGUCCAUCUCCCAGUGCAGUGCUCUUCUAUGAAGUUGGAAAAUUUUCAUUAAAUCAUAGUUUAUGUGAAGCUAAUUUUAAGUUUAGUUCUGACAACAGCUUGCCACCUCAGUUCGUUGUUUUACUGAAAACUUUUAUACAAUUGCAACCCCGCAAAACACAACCGUUAACUUACAUGUACGCACGUAACUUGCGCAAAAAAGACAAAAGAUUCUUAUCGAAACAGUGGAACAAAUUAACAUAAUGCGGCGUCAAACUUCUACAGGCGGUUUCUAAAGUCUAUGAACCGAUAAAGUUAUUAACAUGAGAUAUUAAAAUUAGGCAGGGGCGAGAUACACUCGUCAACUCAGUAUCACUAUCAUCGCUGACCGGCUAACCGAGUCAGUAAUUGCUGUCUUCAUCGUGUAUCGCAGAGAAAGGUAUGAUGGCUGAAAAUGAAAGAGAGAAGCUUACAUCAAAAGACGAAAAGCGCUCAUUUGAGUUUGACGACAUUUUCGAACACGUGGCCUCUUUUGGAAGAUAUCAGAUACUUUGGCUCGUCUUCGUUGGUUUUGUGUUGAUUUUUCCAGUUACAGUUCAAUUUACAUUGCUGGCGUUUGCAAAUGGUACUCCAAACUUCCACUGUGUCACGCCAAACAUCACAUGUGAAACAAAGAAAUGUUGUGACGGAUGUACAUCAUACGAGUUUGACGGACCAUUUCAAAGCACCGUGUCGGAGUGGAACCUCAUUUGUGACCGUGGUUUCCUGGGUGCUACUGUUCAGUCCGUUUUCUUUGCUGGGAUGCUGAUUGGUUCGUUUUCAACCGGGAUCAUUUCAGACGCCUGGGGCCGGAAGAAGUGCAUUUUCGCCAGCAUGGCUAUAAUGAUUAUAGCAGGAGUCGUCACGACGUUGGUUCAUUCUGUCGCUCUCUUCGCGGUAUUUCGUUUUAUAGUUGGCUUUAUACUAACGGGAGUCAUGCUAACACAAUAUGUUUACUUCAUGGAGCUGGUUGGGCCAAGCAAGAGAACAGCUGCUGGGAAUCUGCAAUUUCUGUUUUUCAAUGGCUUUCAACCAUUGUUUAUCAUCAUCGCAUACUUUAUUCGUGAUUGGAGAAUGCUGACCUUGGCGGCCACUCUCCCUGGGGCACUGUUGUUUCCUUUUUGGAAGAUUUUUCCAGAAUCCCCCCGAUGGCUCAUUGCUCAUGAUCGCCUAGACGAGGCUCAAUCUAUCAUCGAGCGUUUUGGAGACAAAAAUGACAAACCUGUAGACUCAGAGGUGCUGAGAGCGCUCCUGGAGAACGUGAGGAGAGACCAGUUAGAACGGGAACGAGAAGCUAAGAAAUACACACCGAUUGACUUGUUUCGCACGCCAAAGCUGAGAAAAUGGGCGGUGAUAUUUUGCUACCAGUGGUUUGCAGUGGCUUUGGUCAGUUUCGGGAUAUUUCUAUUUGUCAACCAGUUGGUCGGUAAUAUCUACGUCAACUACCUUAUAAUGGAGGGAAUCGCAGUUUUGAAGCUCCCAGCCACGUGGUACCUAUUCUUAAAAUUUGGUCGCCGCUCUUGUCAUAGCAUCACCAUGUUCCUAGUGGGAAUAACAUUCUUUCUGGUUUUGCCUCUGUACAAAGAUCACCCCAUGGCAACCACAGCACUGUCCGUGACUGGGUAUCUGUUUAUUGACUGCACUUGGAUCAGCGUUUAUCUCAUCACUUCAGAACUUUUUCCAACUGUGUUAAGAAAUACAGCUCAGGGAACUGGAUCUACGACGGCUAGGAUUGGAGGAGUCUUGGCUCCUUAUAUCGCCUUGAUGGCUCAGUUACCAGGUCUCAGCAUUGCGUUUCCAGUGGUCAUUUUUGCCGUUGUCGCAACUCUUGCUGGGAUAUUGAUGUACUGGAUUCCAGAGACGGUCUUCUCACCAAUGCACCAAACCAUCGAGGAAACAGAAGCGGCUGAAGAUGAUUAUGGGAUACCAUGUGGUGGCAAAAGGCUCCACCUUCCCAGGCAUAAAUCACGCCAAGUAAUAUGGCUUUAAAAGAAGGAUCGAAGUAAAAUGGGCGAGGGGAUUAGGCAAAUUUAGAGGGCAACUUUAGUAGCGCAGCCGCGUUACCGAUAUGGUUAGCGCUGAAUGUAUUUCACGAGGGCUGUACAGGGGGUCUCUGGCACUGUUCACGGACAGAAAAAAUUGCGAAUCAAUGAUCGCGGAUGUAAAAAUUGCAUUUUCCCGAAUCACGAAAAUAAGCAAGUAAGGUACCCUUUUUAAUAACCUGCUCUUACUCUAGAAAGAGUAUUUGAAGAAAGGAAAAUCGUUAUAUCCCUGUACGACCCUCAUCACUUUAACUAUCGUUAUUGAACUGUUGUAAUCCACUAGGAUAAUUUUCUAUCGUGCAUUGUUAAUCGAAAUAUGCUCUCUUGCGAGCAUAGCCCUUUACGAAUACCAGCGGACUCGAACCUACUCGCAAGAAGAUGGAGGAAGUAGACCCCAAUUUACAGUAUAAACGUUACUGUUAUAGAUCCAGAAACACGUCCAUGACAGUACAGGUGUUAUAUGCCUGGUCAAGGCGAGCAGCAUCUUAACCUGUUGAAUUCAUUGACAGAAAUUUGAAAACAUCGUGGCGAGUUCAAGGAACCUGAGGGAGCAUCCGGCUAAAAGCGUUUACCACAAUCUCACACCGGUGCUUACAGAAUGGUUUCCAUUCCACAGCAAUAGUAUUUUGAGGAAAUAGUUGCAGAUAACAUUGGAGCACGCAGUUGGAGGGUUCUCUUUCGCCCGCUCUUCUUGGGGUUGAUAAAAUAGCCUUAAUUACAGCUUUCCUCAAGAUGACGCUACUUAGUAGGGACAUCCCUUUGCGUGAUGAUAUUGGUUCUUCUUUUCCAUAUGAAAUAUUGUACCGUUUUUUUCUUUCAUUAAGUCUUUUCAGUUUAGUUAGUGAGAAAACAAGUGUCGUUGCCUACGAGUAGAAACUAUGAAAAUAAGCUAAGCGUUAUCAAGUACUGAAAUACGGAUAAUAUUAAUCCAUGAAAUUUGCGUCGGAAAAAAUUAAUAUCACUAUGUAUAUGACAAAAUAUAUAACUAAAUAAAGCCCCAUGCAUGCACAGUUCAGUUAA